CGGAAGCCGGCUCUUUCUCUUCCUUUCCGGUGGUUGAAGCUCCUCGCGUCAUGGCGCUGUUUGAGCAGAUGAGGGCCAACGUGGGCAAAUUGCUGCGGGGAAUCGAUCGGUACAACCCUGAGAACCUGGCGACGUUGGAGCGUUACGUGGAGACGCAGGCUAAGGAGAAUGCCUACGAUCUGGAGGCCAACCUGGCUGUGCUGAAGCUGUAUCAGUUCAACCCUGCCUUCUUCCAGACCACGGUGACGGCGCAGAUCCUGCUGAAGGCCCUCACCAACCUCCCCCAUACUGACUUCACGCUUUGCAAAUGCAUGAUCGACCAGGCCCAUCAGGAGGAGCGGCCCAUCCGGCAGAUCCUUUACCUGGGGGAGCUGCUGGAGACGUGCCAUUUCCAGUCCUUCUGGCAAGCCCUGGAUGAGAACAUGGAGCUGUUGGAUGGGAUUGCUGGCUUCGAGGACUCUGUCCGAAAAUUCAUUUGCCACGUGGUGGGCAUCACAUACCAACACAUUGACCGCUGGCUGCUGGCUGAGAUGCUGGGGGACCUCUCAGAGGCACAGCUGAAGGUGUGGAUGAGCAAAUACGGAUGGACGGAGCCGGAGCCCGGCAAGGUGUUCAUCUGCAACCAGGAGGAGAGCAUCAAACCCAAGAACAUCGUGGAGAAAAUCGACUUUGACAGUGUCUCCAGCAUCAUGGCCUCGUCGCUCUGAGCCCCAACCCCCCGUCCUCGUUAACACGGUGGAUUUUAAUUGUCUCAAAGUAAAAGAGAAACCUCCA